UAGUGAACGCCUACUCUUAGGGUAGGUAAGUGAACUACCUGUGAAGGCCGCUCGGGCACCUGUAGGAGUCGGAAGCUGGGGUCCUCCCAACGGGGGACAUGAAAUUCUUAUGACCGGUAUUCGCCCCAUUAGAAUCUAUUUACAUGCCGCAACCGCUUUCUCGUUUUCUGAUAACUCCAGUCGAUAUCUCCGGUUUGGUGGGACGCGCUUCUUCGAUCUGUUGGGCUUUUAUUAGAAUGUUUUGUCAAUUGUUGAACACUCCACAUAAUCAAUUUGCAUAAACGACGCAAUACUACGGCUAUUGAAAAUUUUUCGGACCGGAUUUCCGUUAAUACCAACCCAGGAAAAAAUGACGGGUUUUGAAAGUCGGGGCGAAAUAGAGGCUAAAAAGACGCUGAGUGGGUGCGGAGGCCGAACCAUGUCGCAUCACAGCGAUGACAACAUGCUGAUCGCGACCAGCGACUCCUUCUGGGAACCGGGCAAUUACAAGAAAACCACCAAGAGGAUCGAAGACGGCUACAAGCUGUGCACCGAACUGAUGACCUUAGUGAACGAGCGCGCAGAGAUCGAAAAGGCGUACGCGAAGAGUCUCAAGACAUGGUCGAAGAAGUGGAACGACUCUAUUGAGAAGGGACCGGAAUACGGAACUACGGAAGCGGCCUGGAAGGGAGUCCUCGGCGAAGCCGACAGACGAUGUGAUCUUCAUACGAAAAUUAGAGACAAUCUCACCAACGAUGUGAUAAAUAAAAUUAAAGUCUGGCAGAAAGAUGCAUAUCAUAAAUCGAUGAUGAAUAUUAAAGAAAAGAAAGAUAUGGACGAUGCGUUUAAAAAAGCACAGAAACCAUGGGCGAAGUUGCUGCAAAAGGUCGAAAAGGCCAAGAGUGAUUAUCACACGGCGUGUAAAACGGAAAAGUCAGCGGCCAAUCAGGAGAGGAAUGCAGCAGGGGAUAGCUCGUUUUCGGCCGAUCAGGUGAAAAAGAUGCAAGACCGUGUCCAGAAAUCAAAGGAAGAGGUGCAAAAAUGCAAAGAAAAGUACGAAUUGGCCCUGCAAGAGAUCAAUCAAUACAAUCCUAAAUACAUGGAAGAUAUGACCGUAGUAUUUGACAAAUGCCAAGAAAUGGAAGCUCAAAGGUUGAAUUUUAUCAAAGGGACCCUUUUCGACAUCCACAAAUACCUAAAUGUUUCCCAAGACCCGACGUUACAACAAAUUUACGAGGAAUUGUACCACACGAUUAAUAAUGCCGACUAUGAGAAGGACUUGAAAUGGUGGUCAAACAACCAUGGGGUGAACAUGGCUAUGAAUUGGCCGCAAUUCGAGGAAUAUUCCAGCAAUAACAAAGCAUUGAAAGCUAAAACUACCGUGACUGCUGUCAAAGUCAACAAUACGCCGCCAGUUCAGAAGAAGGACGUCAAACCGGCGACAGUUGAAAAGGUCGAGAGUCCUGCGAAUCGAGCGUCGACUAUAACGAACGGGUCGAGUACAAAAGAUGCGAAUCCUUUUGACGAGGAGGAGUGGGACGAGAGUGAUGCCCUGGUGGAUAAUGGGGAGCCGGGGGUUCCGGUUAAGGCGUUGUAUGACUAUGAAGGAGCGGAAAACGACGAACUAAGUUUCAAAACAGGUGACAUAUUUGAGAAAUUAGAAGAUGAGGACGAGCAAGGAUGGUGUAAGGGGCGUAAAGACGGGCGAGUGGGGCUGUAUCCAGCCAAUUAUGUUGAAGUGGUGCCACAUUGAUACGUGUCAAAAUGUUAAUUGUUGUUAUUUUUGAAAUAUAUAGAGCUAUUGCUCGUUACGAAAUAUAAGUUUUUGUUGACUGGCAUAAGUAUUGCCUUACAGUAUUGUACAAAUUGAUGGGAUAAAAACAGAUUAUAAUUUAUGAUAUUAUGAAGCAUUUUUUUCUGUUCGGUUGUAACGUUUUUUUAGAGAAUAUAACGUAAUAGUGUUAGGCCUACUCAUUGCAUUAAUGUAUAUACAUUUGAUUAAAUCAGAACACUUCCAGUGGGUACAUAUGAUCAUUUAGUUUAGGUAUUUGUAAAUUAUUACCUAGAAUAGAGUGAUUAUAAAUUGUAUAUAACGUAAAAACAGUAAUAAAUUAUAAUCUAUUUUA